AUUUUAUAUUUCACUCUCCCUUUUACCCUAAGAGUUGCUAUCCUAUUCACGACUCUAACCCACCCUCUUUCCAUAGGACUAGUCCUACUCACUCAAACUAUUCUUAUCUGUGCUCUUUCAGGCCUAUUCGGGCCUUCCUACUGAUUCUCAUAUAUCCUAUUUCUAAUUUUUCUAGGAGGAAUAUUAAUUUUGUUCAUUUAUGUCUCUUCUCUUGCUUCCAACGAAGCCUUUAAAAUUCAUUUUAAAUCCAGUCUACUAAUCACCCUGUCCUUACCCAUAUCCUUUACCUUAAUCUUUCUAGAUCUCUUACUUCUCCCAUCAAAAUUUUCCAAAUCUAGACUAUUCUUAAUUCUAAGAAAUAAAACAAAUUUAGCCACCUUAUCAACCAGUUCCAUCUACUCCAUUACUUCUUUCCCUCUUACUACUCUAGUAAUUUUAUAUCUCUUACUUACCUUAAUUGUUAUUGUCAGUAUUAUUAAUAUCUCAUCAAGACCUCUGCGACCUUCAAAAUUCUA